CUCCAUAACCACAAAGUAGUUAUAAAGCAGGUAUGUUUAAUAAGUGAUGCGCAGACACCCUGGUGCAAGGGGGAUAGCUCCACCUCACUUGCACAUUGUUAGGAGAAAUCAUGUGACAGAUAUAGGCUGAACUAAUGCAUAAUCAGUAGUUUGCAGGAAUUUGGAUACAUAUUCGUUACAUUCCUGAGACGCCAUUAGCAUGCAGUCCCUCCCCCCUUAACAUAAGCUCUCUGUAACUACCCUUUGCCUUAGUGAAGCCCCCUUUCCCUUUCCUUAGAAAAGUGUUCCCUUUUCAUCUAUUACGGGGUCCUUUUUCACUCUUCAGUACCACCCUGGAUACCACUGCGCAUGCCCAAAUGGACGUCAGCACAUAUUCAUGAGUCACAGAAUCUCAGGUGUUGGAAGGGACCUCGAAUGAUUGUCUAGUCCAGUCCCCCUGCUGGAGCAGGAACACCCGGAUUAGCUGACACAGGAACUCAUCCAGGCGGGUUCUGAGUACCUCUAGAGAAGGAAGAGCCCACAGCCUUAUAAUAAGGGGACUUGGAGAAGAUGGCCAAGCUGCUGAGAGUACAGAUGUCCACUGUAAGGCCGCCCAUUCUGUGUCAUCAGUGACAUCACAAACUGCCAGCACAGUGUAGGUGACACCCAAAGGGAAAGCCAGAAGAGUUGUCAGGAGGGAACACGACAGGACAGAGCAGGAGCACAGGGACCUUCAAGGCAUCUCUGAGCACAGCUCACAUCUCGCCAUGUCAUUCCGGUGUGCCCAUAGGAGCCGGAAAGUCUGGCUUUCCUUUUCCCCUCCCUUUGACGACUCUGGUUCUCAGUCCAAUGAGACAGAGGUAAGACCCCCCAGAAGGCCAAAGCUGGCUUGGUACGAGUGGACUCCAGAACAGGAGAAGAACAAGGUGGAGAUUGUACGUCCAUUUGCUUGCGUAUGGGAGCAAUGGAGAGGAGAGGCCACUGUAUGCAUCUCUGAGUUUCUGAAGAGAAAGGACAAGGAUGAGCAACAGAAAAUCAGAUUCCUGAGCAGCAUCUGCAUAUUGUGCAGAUGCAGGGAUGAGUCGCUUGAUUUGAAUGCUUUCUGCCAAGAAAACCAGCUGGCAGAGAAUGUCCAGGCGCUGAUCAGAGAGGAGCCUGUGCACGUUUUGUCCUCAGUGAUAAAGCAGGAAGUCAUGCUGACCUUUGCUGAUUUGAGCACUGUGGAGACGGCGCUGGAAGGCAAAACAGAGAGCAUCCUGAAUUCCUGCUUCAACAGUGUCUUCUUUUUGCCUCCGGAACUGGACAUACCAGACAAGGAGGAAAAUCUCUACACUAAGACCAUGAUUGCCAUGAACGUCAUGCUGCGAGCCUUGGUGUGGAACUGUCCCAACUCCAGAAUGGGGGAGGAGAUGUGCAGUAUCUUUAAGGCUCUGUUCCACUUCUUCCACUCCCAGCACAUGCACGUUCGUACGAGAGCCCUGUUUGGGAUUUUACAGAUGAUCAUAGAUUUUAUGGAUAAAGACUGGUACCGCGCUGAAGAUUUCAAAGUGGUAUAUGAGUCAGUCAUUGAGGUCUACUUCCCCAUCCUGGGAGAGCUGCUGGGUCACCUCUGUCUUUUCAGCUGUGGGAGUGAUAGCACCAGAGCUCCAGCUACAGAGGCUCUUUAUCGCCUCUAUGCGUUUGUCAAACACAAAAGAAAAACAAGCCUGACAGAGGAGAUGGAAAAGUACGUGCAUCUCCGUGAGGAGAUUCAGGAUACUGAUUUUGGACUUGAUAACGUGUCCAGUCCUGCUGACUGUGCCAAGGCGUUUGGAGGAUACCUCAGGCCUGCCGAGAGGAUGGAUGUCGUCCUCACAGCCCUUGAAGGGAUGGUUGACUCCAGCAUCUAUGACAAGGAGGCGGCCUGCAGUGUGAUGGCUGUGGCCAUGGAAGACCACGCUUUCUGGAUAUCAGAUAAAACCCAGAUCAUAACUUCCAUCUGCAAGAACCUGAGGAGCAUCACCACAAAGGCAGCACGGCACUGCCUGGACUCUCUGCUCCUCGUUCUGACCAGCCAGAUGCCUGCAGAGGAAGUCAGGAACCUGCUCAAGUCCUCUCCACCAAGCAACAGCAAUGCCCUGGAUGUGUGGGAGGUGAUGCUCUGCAUGCCGCGGACCUUGGAGAAGGUUUUGAAGGAGCUGACCAAGGGCUCACAGCUGAGCAGGCUGGUAGAAGGAGUCACAGAAGACACGUGCAUCCUCUUCUUGGCUCUAAUGGCAAAGAGUGAAGAUAACAGGGACUAUUUUGGUAACCUAUGCCACCUCAAGACUUAUCUGAAGCAUCCAAGCAUGGAGAUGCACGUGGUGGUGCUCAGAGGGCUUGUCAUACUCUCCGAGACACAGGAGAAGGCAAGAAAAAUGCAGGUCUUGCUGCCAGAGAUCAUGGCCACCCUGCAGGAUGCCAGCGCAGACAUCAAGAUGAGGGCCCUGCUUGUCAUUCAGAACAUCAUGGGCCAUGUGAAGAGGAAGGAGGCCAGCUCCAUCGCUGUGCGGCACGCUGAGGAGCUCCUGCCUCUCUUUGUCAAUGAGUCGAGCGCCGUGAAGGUGUCCUCCAUCUGUCUCUACAGAGACAUGGGGCAGGCUGUGCUCUGGUGCCACCGGAGGAGAAUGAAGGGGACGAUGCACAGGGGCCUGGUCCCGCUGCUCUUUCGGAUGAGUGAUGAGAACCAGGACGUGGCCCAGGCUGCCAAGAGAGCCAUUGUACAAACGGCCAAGCUCCUGUGCUGGAACGACCUCCGGAAGCUGACUGAGAAACAGGAGACGUGGAGGAUCGCAGAGUGCUUGCUGCAGCGGGACCAGAGCAGGGUGGAGGAAUACCUGCAGCAGAGCCAGCCCUACCUGCAGGACUCUCAGGCGGCCUUGCGAGAGGAGGCCGUGAGGUUCAUUGGGCUUGCUGCGCGCUACUCAAUGGACCAGAGCAAGGAGAAGCUACAGGACAUCAUCGGAGCCCUCAUGCCUUUGGUGAGCGACACGGAGAGCUCGGUCCAAUGCUUGGCAGCUCAGACCACACUGAUCCUUGAGACAGCCACAAGGACAGCGACAUCACGACGGAGCCUGCGGGCGCUGUGCUGUCUUAUCUGCUGAGCUGUGUGAUAAAGUGUUUGCUCAUUAAGACCAGGAUGUGGCAACAAUGUUUGCAAAGCGCGCGAAUUUGCAGGUGGAUUCUGCAGGUCUCGGCAAGUCUCAAGGAAGGACCAAUCAACUAAUGACACACUGGCCUAACGACCACGGCCGACCAGUCGGAUACCAGCACACCCGGGACCUGACAAUACAAAAGAAGUUGCAAGGAACAGGAACGCGCGGCAGUUGGAGGAACGAUGAUUCCCCUGUCGUCCAGCGCUGAAUUGCCUUUUUGUUU